AUACAAGAAUUAUAACCAAUGGCAACAACUUUAAGAUUUUAUUGGAUUUCUGUAUUAUUAUAAGGUUUCUUAACAUCGUAACAUAUAAUUUAAGGUACAAUAGAUAGAGCUUGCAGUGGCAUGCAGGAAAUAUGUCGAAAUUAAAAUGGUUGACAAUUUUGACAUUUCAAAUAUUUUUAGCAACAAGUAUAGAUGGUUCGAUAGGUGAUAGAUCUCAGUUUUACAGUUUAUGUCUUGAAAAAUGUCAUAAUAAUAAUUGUGAUGGUGACCAAAAAUUUAAAGUACUACCUCCCUUAUCUUUAAGAUUAUUAUUUUGGUCUUGUAAAGAAGACUGUAGUUAUAGUUGUAUUUGGAAGACAGUUGAUUAUUUUACAUCUCAUGGAUUAAAAGUUCCUCAAUUCCAUGGAAAGUGGCCAUUUAUUCGUAUUUUUGGCUGUCAAGAACCUGCUUCUGUUAUAUUUUCUAUAUUAAAUUUUUAUGCUCACAUUACUAUGUAUUGGAAAUUUAAAAGAAAAUAUGGAUCUACUUAUCCUAUGUUUUAUAUAUGGACUUAUUUUAGUCUGAUAUGCAUGCAUGGAUGGUUUUGGUCAUCUAUUUUUCAUGCAAGAGACACUCCAUUCACAGAAGUCAUGGAUUAUUCCUGUGCAUUUAUUAUGGUUCUUACAUUAUUAUAUUGUAUGCUAUUAAGGAUAACUUAUAAAAAAAAUAGGUUGUUUGUUGUGAUUACAUGUGGAUAUCUUAGCACUUUGUAUUCACAUCUAUCUCAUUUAUGGUCUGGUUACAUUAAUUAUGAUUAUAAUAUGAAGUUUAAUAUAGUUAUAGGUUUUUUAACAUUUAUUAUAACAAUGAUAUGGUGGCAUCGCAAUCGCAAAAAAUUAUCUUAUAUUUAUCUAAUUGGCUGGUUCAAUAUAUUAACAGUUUUUGUUACCAUAUUAGAAAUUGCAGAUUUUGCACCAAUCUUUUGGAUGUUUGAUACUCACUCUUUAUGGCAUGCUAGUACAAUUCCUCUUACAAUUUUGUUAUAUAGAUUUAUGAUGGCAGAUUGUUCUUAUUUGAAUAAAUGUUAUGGUAAAUUAAUAUUAGAUACUGAUCAUCAUAUGCAUUAA